AUGGCUGAGUCUACAGGUCACGUGUUAUGGGGCUGUGUCAAGGCUCAAGAGGCGUGGUCAUGUUCAAAGCUGGUGGGCUUGGUGGAUCGGUUUGACUGUUGUUCUUUCAUGGACCUGCUGUGGAAAAUGGUUAUUCUAGAUCGGGUUGAAGAGGAUAAGGUGGCUAGGAUGGUUACCAUAGCUUGGGCAUUGUGGUUUCAUCAGAAUGAGGUUAGACUCAGUGGUGUAAGGAAGGCCGGCAAGGAUGUGGUGAGGUGGGCGACGCAAUAUUUGGAGGAGUACUGGGCAGCAAAUGAGUGUGGGAGGUCUGCACCAGUAGUAGUGGAGAGGACUGGGUCUUGGCUUCCUCCUCAGGCAAAUUGGUUUAAGAUCAAUGUGGAUGGGGAUGUGUUUGCAUCUCAGAAGGCAGUGGGCUUGGGUGUUAUAAUUAGGGAUGAUAGAGGACGAGUAGAGGCAGCGAUGAGUAAGAAGGUUUUGGAUCUGUUGGGUGCGUUGGAGACAGAGGCCAAAGCGUUUGAAGCUGGGUUGCUCCUUGCGAGGGACAUUGGUAUCCAAGAUGUUAUUUUGGAGGGUGAUUCAUUGGUCAUUUACAAUGCUCUUUGUGAAGUUUCCUUACCACCUUCAUUAGUAACUUCGAUUGUGGAUGGGAUGCGGGAUUUAUGUAAGGUCUUUAGGCGGCUUGAAUUUUCUCAUGUAAAAAGAAAGGGCAAUAGACCAGCCCAUUUAUUAGCUAAGUAUGCGGGAGGCAUAGAUGAUUUUAUUGUAUGGAUGGAAGAGAAUCCUUACUUUCUUGAGCAAGCUCUUCCACAUGAUGUUCUUUCUUGA